GUGCAUGCCUGCGUCAGUCGGUGCACUCAAAGGGUGAAGCGGGACAGACGACAGCGGCUGGGCCGUCUUCGUCGUCGCCCACAGCGCCGCCAUGACUUCCCGCGGGAUUCUAACGGUGCCUUUCGGUCUGUACUUCCUUAUCUUACUCUGCCGAGCUUCAACGCUGGAACUUGGACGCAACGUAACAGAGGUGGCCCAUCCAUUCGGGCUGCUGUCAGAUGGAAGCGAUGGUGAUCUCAAAGCCAUGGCUACAGGAUACGGCGGCCAUCAGAGCGGCUACGGUGGCCACAAGAACCAUGGAGGCCACCACUCGCACGGCAACUAUGGUGGCGGCUACAAACACCAUGGCAACGAUUACGACAACUACCAUGGACGGCAUGGCCGUCAUGGACACGAGCAACACGGACACGGCUACAAUCGCUACCACAAUGACCACAACGGAAAAUAUGGCCACGGAGGAUAUGGAGGAAAGCAUUAUGGCAACGACCACUACGGAGGUCAUGGCAAACAUGGAGGCAAGUAUGGCAACGACCACUACAAGGCUCGGGGCCACAAAAACUACGGUCACAAGAACGUCUAUCACAAGGAGGAUUCCGCGCACCACAGCCGCUACUACGACGACUACCACGACGGCGACCACAAGAAAAAGUACAAUCAACACCACAACUACCACGACCACCAUGCGGGCCGCCAGCACCACGGACACCACCACAAGCAGCACCAUGACAAGUACAACCGUGGUGACGACGCCCAUAAGCACGGUCACGGCCAUUACAAGCACCAUCACGGCUCCCACGGCGGCCACGGGCGAGACCAUUACCGAGGCGGCAGCGGCCACAAGUACGGAGGUGGCGGCUACCACCGGGGUUCUCACGAUCACUACGGAGGCCAUAAGCACCAUGGAGGCGGUGGGCACGGUGGUGGCGGAUAUGGCGGACACGGAGGAGGCGGCUACGGAGAUGGUGGCUACGGCGGUCAUGGAGGAGGAUAUGCAAGCAACGGUGCACCUACAUACGUCAAGGUUCCCGCAGCUCAAACGGGAUUCACUGCGACUUUUCGAUGAUUGUUUCUGAGG